CCAUACCGACCGCUCAAAGUCGCAUAUACCUCGUUAACCUGACAGCCUGCGGUCUGCCUCCGCACAGACAAUAAAGCAGCACUAGAUUUUGAUGACAGAAAAGAGGAGAAAUAUGCCGAGUUGUGGGACGACUUAAAUCUACCGGAUUGAGCACAAGAAUGCAAGGAAAGUCAGUUUUUUUUCUACAGAUAUUUGUGCCGGAUACAUUUUACUUGUGCGGAUUAGUUUCGGUUGUUCUGGACUUUGAAUUGACUAAUGUCUAAUGGGCGAACACACAUUUGGAUUUCUGCUGAUAACAAAAGGGACAGCCACAAGAAAACGAAUUAAGAAAGGAGUUUUUCAUCAUUAGUUCCCAAGGAAGUUAAAGGAAAAAUCAGCAGGGCUUAUCAGUUUGAUUUGACACUGACCUUGCCAGUCCCCGCCUGUGAAUCUGCACAUUUCAACUACCGAGCGAACCAAAUGCAGAGAGAAAGAUGCAUUUGGGCAAGGCUUUACUGUUUGUCCUCCUCCUCAACUGCGCAACUUUGAGCUCAUCUCUGUCAACUUGUGCCACCGUGGAUAUCGACCAUGUGAAAAGGAAGAGAGUCGAGGCGAUACGAGGUCAGAUUUUGAGCAAACUCCGACUGACAAGUCCUCCACAAUCUCUCGGACCGAGUAAAAUCCCUUAUCAAAUCCAAGCAUUGUAUAACAGCACCAAGGAGCUACUGGAGGAACUUAGGAGGGAUCGGCAGCAAAGUUGCGGUCAGGACAACACAGAGACAGAGUACUAUGCCAAAGAGAUAUACAAAUUCAACAUGGUCUACGGACCGCCAGAGAGCAACGAUCUGCUCUACUGCCCAAAAGGCAUCACCUCUAAGGUUUUCCGCUUCAACGUCUCCGCCAUGGAAAGGAACUCAACUAACCUCUUCAGAGCAGAGUUUCGAGCCCUGAGGGUGCCAAACUCAAGUUCCAAGAGGAAUGAACAGCGGAUUGAGCUCUACCAGAUUGUGAGGCCAAAUGAACACAUUAGGAAACAACGCUACAUUGCAGCCAAGAACGUGCUGACCAAAGGUAAUCCAGAAUGGGUCUCCUUCGAUGUGACUGAAACAGUGCGGGAAUGGCUGAUGAACAGAGGAACUAAUCUCGGUUUGGAAAUCAGUGUGCACUGUCCCUGCCACACGUUCAACCCAAAUGGUGACAUCAUUGACAAUGAGAAGGAGGUGCUGGAGGUAAAGUUUAAAGGCGUAGAUGGAGAUGAGGACUACAGUCGCUUGGAUCUGGAUCACCUGAAGAGGAAAAAGGACCAGUACCUGCCUCACCUUAUCCUCAUGAUGAUCCCACCCCACCGCCUGGAAGCUCAGUCCACACGCCGACGCAAGAGAGCGCUGGACACAAACUACUGCUUCUCAAACACAGAGGAGAGCUGCUGUGUUCGCCGGCUCCACAUAGAUUUCCGCCGUGAUUUGGACUGGAAGUGGAUCCAUGAGCCCAGUGGUUACGAUGCCAACUACUGCUCCGGGCCCUGCCCUUACCUGAGGAGCUCAGAUACAACACACAGCUCGCUGCUGAGCUUGUACAACACUCUGAAUCCGGAGGCAUCGGCCUCCCCCUGCUGUGUCCCUCAAGACCUGGAGCCCCUCACUAUACUCUACUACUCUGGACGGACCCCCAAAGUGGAGCAGCUCUCCAACAUGAUUGUCAAGUCUUGCAAGUGUAGCUGAGAAGAUGUGAAAGGCAAGGUAGUGCGGCAGGAUUUUACUAGGUACUGACGAAAACCCAUGCUCGUUGACUUUUGAACUCUUAGCUGUGACAAUUACUAAAACUGACCCUGUGGCCUCAUGGCUUAGAUCUGAACACCACUCUGGAGGUCACACAUUUUUUAAGGAUGCAGAUUUUCAUUUUGUUUCUUGUUUUGUAUUUUGUUUUCCUCCCACUCUGGAUGAUAAGUAGUUAUUUUCAGUUCAAACCAAACGUUGCAAUCAUAGUAAGAUCUUAAAAUAUUUUUCAUUCUACAUUUGUGAAGGUGGACAACAUACUCUGCAGAGAGCCCUGUACAAAUCUAUCUGUGACAAAGUGGGAGCUGCUUCAUUGAUGAUGACUGAAAGGGACUUAUUUUGCGGUAUAUUUUCUGCUUCAGAGUUAAAGCAAAUAUUCCACAAAGUUAUAGUCUCCAUGUUGUCCGUUGAGCAGCUUUCCCGUCUCUAGCCUUAGGAUAAUACUGUUAAUAGUCACAAAUAUAGAUUGUGUUCUACUGAAUGGUUGAAGAGUCCUUUCAGGAUGGAUUUUACCUUGACUUAAGUUCCCUUCCUUUCAAACAGUGGACAUUAUCUUCAAACAUAAAAGGAGAAAGGACAGACUUGCUGCUGUAUCCAAAGCCAUAGCUGUGGUCAGGGAAAAGGAGAGCUGAGAGAAUGCCUGCUGGAUUUGCAAUGGAAAGUGAAUGAACAAAGAAGUUGAGCCAAGCUUUUCUUUUUUUGGCCGGCCAGCAGCAAUGGCCUUUUUUUUGCGGCUAUUAGAAUGGAUGGAAGAAGAAGAAGGGAGGAGGGGACCUGUAUGGAAGUGAAGAACUAUGAUGGAAACAAGCCAUGAGCACAAUGCCAUUCACUGGAAGUUCUCAUCUCUAACAGGUUCAAAUUAUUUAUGGGACAUCAAAGAAUAUACUGGAAAGGAACAUGUGUUACGCAACAGGUUUUUAUGGGAUUUCUUUUACAUUAAUAGCAGAUUUGAUCCAUUAUGCAACUUGUCAUAUAGUGAUUGUUUCACUAACUGGGACAACGUUUGACGUAAACUAAGGGUACGGUUACAUUUCCUUGUGAUUCAAGAAGAAUAUGCUUUUUGUCCAUGUACAAAUUAGUUGGACCUGUUGUAUGUGAUCCAGUAUGUUUGACUGAAGUCAACUUUAUUGUAUUAAAAGGGGACCAUCACCAGAAAGUUAAAUCAGAGCACUUUUCUCCAGCAUUAAUAGGAAAUCUCAUGUCAUUUAAAAUGUUUACUUCUUUUAAAAAUCAUACUCUCCUAUCAACUCACCUGUGCAUCACUCCAACCAGCUGACCAGGAAUCGCACGUGUUCCCAAAAACACUGCUGUCUUUCAUUCCCUCAGCUGCAUCUCUGUUUGUUUUAGUGCUCUUUUACAGUGUGAAGCCCUAAUGGAACAAAAAAAAAUGAAGUGGGAGGGGAAAAAGUCAUUACAUGACAGUGGCUGGAUGUACAGUUAGACCUAAUUUUUCUCUGAGUCAGGAGAACGAUUCUGAAUCCCUGUACUGUUUGACAUUCACUCAGUCAGUCAUCUUACCUUUAGAUGACAUUUAGGUGACAUUUCUUUUGCAGUAAUAUUGUUUGAUUGACUUGUUGAUCGUGAUUGUUAUUAAAAACACAACAUGCAAAACUUGA